UUUAUCGGUAUUCAUCCGUAUCUAAGUCUUUAACUUAAUUUGAAUUGUUAGACAAAUUACGAUUUACAAUUAACAUUUUCUAAUGUCUCCGUGUAUGUUGAUAUUUAGUAAUAUUUCAUAAUACUCAUUUUAAUAUUGUCAUUUCUAAUAUAUUUUGAUUUCAUCAAUUCAAUAUGAUACCUGAAUUUUGUGUAUUUUAUGGUGUCUUAACUUUUUCUUGGAUUGAGUUUCUAUGGGAACAAUACUUAACACUAAGACAGAGAAGAGUAUAUAAAACAACAGAAAAAAUACCUUCAAAAUUAAUUAGUACAUUAGAUGAAGAAACAUUCCGUAAGGCAAAAUCUUAUGGUAUUGAUAAAAAUAGUUUUAGCAUAGCUGAAGAAUGGUUUAAUAUGAUAUUUUCAACUGGGUUCAUAUGUUUGAAUGGAUUUACUUUAUUCUGGAAUCUUAGCAAAUAUUGCUUGAUAGAUACUAGAUAUAAAGAGAGUGAAAUCAUGAUUAGCUGUGUCUUUAUUUUGUUUAUGAAUACGAUGGGUACACUGAUGUCUUUGCCAAUCUCAGCAUAUAACACCUUUAUUAUUGAAGAAAAACAUGGUUUUAAUAAACAAAAUUUAAGUUUUUUUAUUAAAGACAAAAUCAAGAAUUUUUUAUUGGUUCAAGUAAUAGCUUUGCCAAUUACUGCAGCAGCAAUUAGCAUUGUUAAAUGGGGUGGACGUUUUUUCUUUAUUUGGUUGUGGGUAUUUUCUAUUGUAACUUCAUUAUUCAUUAUGACAAUAUACCCAGAAUUUAUCGCACCAUUAUUUGAUAAAUAUACAGCAUUAUCUGAUGGUCCAUUGAAAACUAAAAUUGAAGAGCUUGCUAAACAAGUAAACUUUCCUUUAUUCAAAAUAUAUAUUGUAGAAGGAUCAAAGCGGUCAGCUCAUAGCAAUGCUUACUUUUAUGGAUUUUUCAAUAGCAAACGAAUUGUCUUAUAUGAUACAUUAUUGAAAGAUAGCAAAGUGACACCUGAUAAAAAAAUUGAAGAAAAUGAUGAAAAUACUGAUGUUGAUCAGAUUAAAGAAAAAGGAAAAGGAAUGAAUGAUGAUGAAAUAUUGGCAAUCUUAGGACAUGAACUUGGUCACUGGAAACUAAAUCAUGUAUUAUUUUAUAUUAUAAUAUCUCAGGUCAAUUUAUUUGUCAUGUUAUUUGUUUUUGGAUGGUUGUAUGACAAUUCAAUGUUAUAUCGAGCAUUUGGAUUUUAUGAAUCUACACAUCCUGUUAUCAUCGGUCUAGCCAUUAUAUUUCAAUAUGUGUUUUCUCCGUAUAAUACUGUUAUAUCUUUUGCUAUGACCACACUAAGUAGACAACUUGAAUUUCAAGCAGAUGCAUUUGCCAAAAAACUUGGGAAAGCAAAAGAACUUGAAAGUGGAUUAAUCAGGUUACAUAAUGAUAACUUAGGAUUUCCAGUUUAUGAUUCUCUUUACUCGGCUUGGCAUCAUACUCAUCCUCAAUUAUUGGAAAGAUUGGAAGCAAUCUCUAAGACCGACUGAAUAUAUUAAAUUUAAAU